AUGGUCCAACUAUGGGUCUCUCCAGGCGCAUGCUCGCUACUCCCCCACAUCCUCCUCAACGAGAUCAACGCCGAUUUCGAGCUCGUCAUCGUCGACAUCGUCAAAGAACUCGGAUUCCCAGAGAAAUACAAAGAGAUCAACCCCAAGAAGCGCCUUCCAAUCUUAAUCCUAGACGACGGCACCGUCAUCACUGAAACCGUAGCCAUCUCGACAAAGAUCUCGCAAAUGGCGCCUGACCAUCAUCUUCUCGGAUCUGAUGAUCUCGAAAUCGUCCGCUCAUACGAGUGGUUCAACUGGCUCUCAGGCACCUUCCACGAGCGUGGAUUCGGCAGCUUUUUCGGACCGCAUCGAUUUGCCGACGAUGAGAUUGCGUUUGAUCCUAUUCGUCGCAGCUCUUACGCCUUCAUUGAACAGUGUUUUUCGGAUGUCGAGGAACGGUUGACUGGAGUGUAUGCUGUGGGAAAUGCAUUUACGGCGGUCGAUGUUUUUCUCUACGUGAUCUAUCGUUGGGGACACAUGCUGAGAUUGGAUAUGAAGGGGGCGUAUCCGAAGUAUACGAAGCUCGUGCUUGAAGUCACAAAGCGUGCUGCGGUGUCGAAGACGGUGGAAAAGGAGGGUAUUCCUCUUAUCGAGGAUAAUCGCGCUGAUGGCGCUGACUUGCAGAAAUAUAAGCCAUGA